AUUGUGGAUGCUGAUCAAGACUAAUGGCGGAAGAUUUCAAAUGCACACGGUAGCCAACUAGCCAUCAAAGUCAAAAUAACAGUGAAUCGACAGUCAACAUUAACAGGAAGAUACAGCAAAGCCUUCGCGGGGCUCAAGGAAAUAUCAGCCUCAUUCUCUUUCUUAUCUCAUUCUGAAAAGCUGUGAAGGAAAAAGCAAUAAUGGCUUCUGAGACUGAAGGUUUUGCAAAGAGGAAAGUGAAGGCAGCUGGAUCAUCCAAGUCAAACGUCACUCUUAGCAAAGCAGCUUGGACAUCUGAAGAGGAUAGGAAACUAGCCGAGGUUACUGCAAUUCAUGGGGCAAAAAGGUGGAAGUCCAUUGCAGUCAAAGCAGGUCUCAAUCGUUGCGGUAAGAGUUGUAGGUUAAGGUGGAUGAACUAUCUCAGACCCAAUAUCAAACGGGGAAACAUAUCAGACGAAGAAGAGGAUUUGAUAAUUCGGCUUCACAAACUCCUUGGAAAUAGGUGGGCUUUGAUCGCCGGGAGACUUCCUGGUCGAACAGAUAACGAGAUUAAGAACUAUUGGAAUUCUCAUUUGAGCAAGAAGAUAAAGCAGAUGGAGAAGCACUCAAGUGAGAGGUCAACCAGAUAUGAGAACCAAAAGGUGGUGGAUGAUCACAAGAUUCCUGAAGAAGCUGAGCCAAUGAGAGAAAAGAUUUCCCCUGAGGAAGCUAAUGAAGAGUCAUCAUCAAAACCCAAAUUUGAUGCAGAUGGGGUCUUCAAUUUCUCCGAAGAAGGUCUCUCGAAUCUGGAAUGGGUUAGCCAAUUUCUUGAACUCGAUGAAACAACCACGGGACUCUUCUCACAAUACUAAACUUUGCCAUUAAUGUUGUUUCCAUGUCAUAAAAUGGUAGUCACUGUCAAAUUCUUUAUAUUUAAUAUGUUAAA